AUGGAGCUGCUGCCAGUCCUGAGCCCCGUCCUCUGCAUUGUCCUCCUCAUCCCCACCCGGGGAGCAGGUGGACGUGAAAGCCCUGUCCAGUGUGUGAUCGACAGUGUUGUGAGCAAUAGGAAGUUUUCCUUUGCUGCUAUAACGUUUAUUGCCCUGGUUCACGAAGGUCUCACAGUCCUUCAGAGCCCUGCUGCCCUCCGAGUGUCCCCCGGCGAGACCGCGACACUCAGCUGCUCCUUCGAGAACAAACAGGGCAGCAUAGCCAAAGCGACCUGGACCAGAGCACCCGAAGUUGUGCUGGAUUCUGCCCAUCCCUUCUACAGCGGGCGGCUCAGCGUGUCCCACCUGGAUCUGCUCCAGAAAGGAGAGGCCACGCUGACCCUGUCGGAGCUGGAGCUGCGGGACUCUGGUCUCUAUCAGUGUCACAUCAGCAUCCACCUGGGAGAGAGCGGGACGGGAGCAGGCACCGAGCUGCAGGUGAUGGGGAGAAACCAGAGUGACACAGAUAAAGGACCAGCCCCCUCAGAGAGCUGCGCCCGGGAGCUCCUGUACCAGGUCACCAUCGCCCUGGGGCUCCUUCUCAUCCUUGGCCUGGCGGCCACCCUCCUCCUGAAGAGACACCGAGGUACCAAACCGGAGCCUUCCCCCCGCUAACCUCC